GACGCUACCAAGAGAGAAUAAUAAUAAAAAAAAAAAAAUGAAAAGGAAAAGUGGAGAAGGGGCAGCAGAAAAGGAGGAAAGAUUGAGGGAAAAGUUGAAGAGAGGUGUCUUGGUAGGGAAAAGAGUGGGCCCUUUUUCUUGCACUCCAGUUAGACUUUGGAAACCUUUACCUACUGCGCAUGUUAGCAUCAUUGACAAAACCACUACCAAUAGUCAUCAAGAGGAGCAUGAAGAGCCCCCUGGCCCCCCUCCUUUACUUUUUAACAAUAGCAAUUGUACUGUUGUUGUUUCUGCUAGAAAGCUUGCUGCUGCUCCCUGGGAAUUUCACCAUUACUUGCCUUGAGUCUCUAAAAUGCACAAGGGUGUGCAUCUUACUAAUGGUGGUGGUGGUGGUGGUGAUUCUAGGUUGCGCCGCCACGAAAAGCGGCAACAUUUUUUCAAGGAAAAGGGACUUGACCUCUCUCAUUUCUUGGCUGACCCUUCUCCUAGUUCUCCUGAUCAGUGCUCUUUUCUGCUGCUAAUCUUGAUGUCAUUUCUUAACCAGCCAGAAAGUGCAGGCAGUUUAAGGAGACAUAUUGCUGCAUCUCUGAUUCAGCAUCAUCGAUCAAUUGAAAGAAGUAACCAUGCUCUACAACCUGUAUCUCCAGCAAGUUAUGGUAGUUCUAUGGAGGUGGCACCUUAUAACCCUGCAGUCACUCCUUCCAGCUCGUUGGACUUCAAAGGAAGGAUUGGUGAGUCACAUUAUAGUCUCAAAACAUCCACAGAAUUACUAAAAGUAUUGAAUCGAAUAUGGAGCCUUGAAGAACAGCAUGUUUCUAAUGUGUCAUUGAUAAAAGCAUUGAAGAUUGAGCUAGACCAUGCCCGUAUCAGGAUUAAAGAACUACUUCGGUAUCAGCAAGCAGACCGGCAUGAGAUAGAUGAUUUAAUGAAGCAAAUUGCUGAAGAUAAACUAGUUCAGAAGAGUAAGGAGCAGGAACGUUUGCAUGCUGCUAUCCAGUCUCUCAGGGAUGAGCUGGAAGAUGAGAGGAAGUUAAGAAAACGAUCAGAGAGCCUACACAGGAAAUUAGCCCGGGAGCUUUCUGAAGUGAAAUCCUCCUUUUCUAAUGCUUUGAAAGAGAUGGAAAGAGAGAGAAAAUCUAGAAAGUUGUUGGAAGACCUUUGUGAUGAGUUUGCCAAGGGAAUAAAAGACUACGAACAGGAAGUGCAUACCCUGAAUAAAAAAUCUGACAGGGAUUGGGUUCGAAGGGCUGAUGGUGAUCGUUUGAUUCUCCACAUAUCUGAAUCAUGGCUUGAUGAGCGGAUGCAGAUGAGGCUAGAAGAAGCACAGCAUGGUUUUUCUGAAAACAACUCAAUAGUGGACAAAUUGGGUUUCGAAAUAGAGACAUUCCUUAAAACUAAACGAAUGGGUAAUUCUAAGAGUAGCAAUAACGUAUUGCCAAGAGAACGGCGGAAUUCAAUGGAAUCUGUCCCUCUGAAUGAGACUGUAAGUGCUCCACAAGAUGUGGGUGAUGAACAGGAUUCAACGGGCAGUGAUUCACACUGUUUUAAGCAUAACAGACCAGGCAAUGAUGACUUUCACUUACAUGGAGAUGAAGCUGUUGCUGGUCAUACUGAUGAAAUGGAAAAAUCCACCCGAACAAAGAAAAAGCUUGCAUCUCGUGAAAGGUCCAGGUGCCAAAAUCCAUCCAACUUGCAAGUUAAAUUCGAAGAACACAAGGCUCAGGCUAUGCCAUGUAAUGGAAAUAAGAAAUCCGAGGUGAUGGAACUGGAAGGGGUAAAAACAGGUGAAGGAAACCCUACUGAAGUGAGCAUUUCUCGGAGGUCUGAAAACUGUGAUGCCACUGAAGGUGGCAGUCUUGAAAGAAAGAGCAAAGUUGAUGAAAUUCAUGGGUCAAACUCGAAUUAUGUGAUUGAUAACUUGAUAAGAAGUCAUAUCUCAUCAUCAGAAGCAGUUAAUCUGCACCUUGAGAACGAUGCCGGUGAGGCUUCUUGCAGUUACCCACCAAGGAGGUAUGCUAGUCCGGUUCGACAGUGGAUGUCAAAACUUACUUCCCCAGAUCUUGACAUUUCUGAGUCUUCUACAAAACCGCCUCCAAACCUGAAGGAAAAUACUUUGAAAGCGAAGCUUCUUGAAGCGCGGUCAAAGGGGCCACGCUCUCGUCUAAGAAUCUUCAAAGGUUCUUCAUAGGCCAUGGUGAAAACUCUCAGUUGAAUUGUUUACUCGUUCCUGUUGGAAAUAAGGGAAUUGGCUACUCAAACCUUCAGGAUCAGGAACUUGUGCUUUGUGAAUAUUGGCCAUCAUUAAUGUUGCUGCUCUAUCUUUAAACAUAGUUCUAUAUUCAUCUUAUUGUAAUUCGCAAUUCAAGUCUGUAUACGAGUGUUACACUGUUUUAUAGCUAGAUGGAAGAUAGUUCUUUUUUUAAGAAGCAUUACAAUUUUGAGUAA